ACCAGAGGCGGACUGACCAUUUGAGCACUCAAGGGCCCGGGCUCAGUAGGGGGCCCCAUGAGAUGCCCCUGGUACCUUUCAUUGGCUUUUUCAUAGGCUUUUUUGGGUUUUGGGUGAGGACACAGGGGCCUCAUGAUCCCCUAUUACCCGGGGGCCUCAUGAGUUGUCAGUCCGCCCCUGGACCGGACAAGAUUAAAACCAUGUAUGGUAACUCGUCUUGAGGGCAGAAGGCCAGGUUGCAGCCA